AUGCCUACGCACAUUCCCCGCGAAUCGCCUCGUAGGACACCUUUGGACGUGGUGCGCCAACAGCCUGACAACGCCUAUUUCUCCUCCAACUCGCACCCCUGCCGCAAACUCUCCCCAACGGCCCCCUCCUCACCGCCGAUCAUACUGUCGCUGUCCCGUCGACACCAACCAUCAACGUCAUCCGCCCUGCCCAACCCCAGCGAUCAGCUCCGCCAACACCACGACAUCUCGCACCCCCUUCGCCGAUGGGACAACAUCCGACAUCCCAUCAUCCGUUACCCUCACCAUCAGUAG